AUGAAAUACAGUGCUCUUUUGAUAGCAGCUACCGCUGCAGUAGUAACAGCCAACCCAAAUCUUUUCGUUAGAGAGGCUGAAUUCAAUGAUGAUGCAGCCCAGGAAUGCUUGCAAAAUCAAUGCCAAAGUCUUAAUAGCAAGAUUAACCAAGACUGCCUUCCAAUUAUUGGAGGUGUAGACAGUGACACCGACCUUGGAAAUCAACAAGCGAUUUCAUACUACUCAUGUAUCUGUGAUGCUAUGAGUAGCGCAUCAAGUGACUGUAAGAGUUGCUUAUCGAGUGCAGGCGAGGAUAUCGACCAAGAAAUGGGAUCAGUCUGCGACGAAGUAAAGACAAUGACAACGUCUACACCUGCUGGUACAAGUGUCACCACGAAUACACAAACAACAGAUUCAAACACUAGUCCAUCUCCAUCACAAUCUGCAAAUCAAAAUAGCGGCGACUCAGAUGAUGAUGAUUCUAGCUCACUUCAAGCAAUUCCUUCGUUCGCUGUUAUAGCCUCAUUAUUAGCAAUUGCUGGUUCGCUUGCUUUAUAA